GUAAUCUUCUGAAACCUCAGGAGAGAUGUCUGUUAUAUUAAUAUUAACCGUGUCAACCCCUAAUUGGCCCUACCACAUCCUCUCUUCGUCCUUAUUUAAAGCCUCACCGUCGUCAAAGAAGAAGACAUAGAUUGAGAGAGAUGAAGAACAUGAAAGGAGAUGUAGUGCUGAAUCUACCCGCUGAAACAGCGUGGGAGAUGUUUAGAGAUAAUCAAAUCAUAAGCAAAAUCAACCCUGACAUGCUUGCUCAUGCUGAAUAUAUACAAGGAGAUGGCAGCCCCGGAAGCCUCAGGCUUUUCAAGCUUGGCCCUGCUGUGCAGAGCUACGUGAAAGAAUCAACCCAGAAAAUAGAGAAGGUGGAGAUUGGAAGAUCAGUGACAUAUCGUGUAGUAGAAGGGGAGUUGAAGAGUAUGUACGACCCAUACAGGGUAACUUUCUCCUUCACUCCAGUGGCAGGAAAGGAAAAGGAGAUGUGUAAAGCUGAAUGGAAAGUUGAAUUUGAGCCAGUGGCACCAGCAACACCUCCACCAGACAAAGCUAGGGAAGCCGCCCUUGGAUUUCUCAAGUCCUUCGACAAGUUUCAGCUAAGCCUAAGCUACUAAUUAAUUAACCUAUGCUUCCUGCAGUAAUGGUGUGUAAAAUAUUAAGUUAAGCAGUAAGUGUGUGCAUGUUUGUAUCAACGUGUCGCCAUAAAAACUCUACUAGCUCUCCCUCGGUAUGAAUACGCAGCUACGUGUUGUAUUCCCGUAUGUAUUGAUGUAUGUUACGGUGUGUUUGCUCGCUAUAAUAACUAGAAUUCCUCU